AUGACAGAAAAGUGUGAAUUAUUGCAAAACGCAUUAACAACAACGGCAUCAACAUUUCUUGAUAGUAAUUUCAAUAAUUUGUUUGGUUCAUGUGGUGGCGGCGUUGAAUCACAAUUAUACCAAACAUCAUCAUUUUUACCACCUAAAAAUAACGACAGAUAUUUGCAACUAUACGCAGCAGGCAAUAUAAUUACUGGAAACGGUAAUGAUUUAUCUUCAGAAUCAGAUGAUAUGAUUAUUGAAAAAUAUAUGAAUUGCAAUGAUUUUAGUAAUGGUAGUAAAGAAAUAGAAACAAUAAGAUCAGAGUUUGAUUCGAUAAUAGCCGAAGUUAUGAAGGAAAGUGAGAAUAUUGUUUAUUCAUUUAAUGAUCAAUUUUAA